AUGCCAUCUGAUGAUGUAAGUUUAUUUUUUUUUUGUUUUUUCUUUGAAGUUUAGUGGACAACAUGAACAAACGAUGUUAUAGGAGAACGAGGACUUUCUUGUUAUUGGCUACGAGUCGCGUUUGUUCCCGCAAGACCCCGCGAACACCCGUUCCGAUCAAGAUCUUCUGAUCCCCUGGAAUGACGACGAAUCCCUUCUAAUUGAUCGGUACGAACCCUUGUUAAGUCUUUGCUGUCCUGUAAAGAGCUUGGAAUAGUCGAGAGAGAAUUUAUUUUUUACGAUAAAUGUUGCUAACGGGGGAUUUUCGCGUUUUCAGCCGACUUCUCAUCUUCAACUUGGUCAAAGGUCGGAAAUUCGGGUGAGUUUUUGAUUAUUUUGAAGCAAAACCAUUUUUAAUGCACUUGUUAAGGCGGGAAACCGCUUUUACCACGUAUUUUAUAUAACUUUACAGUUCACGGUGCCUUCUUUAGACCAAAUCUCGAUGGAUUUUCCAAUUUUUUUGGAGUUUUUUGUAUUUUUUUCAUUGUAGAAUAUGAUUUAUUGAGGUCAAAUACUUAUAUUAGUAUUUUAGAUGCCCGAAGAUUCCCAGAGUAUCCAAAAAUUCAUCUUCAUUGGUUGAUCGUAAGUCCGAAAAUUGGGAAAAACACUCGCGAAACGGAUUAAAAUUGAAUAUUUGCUGAUAAUUUUGAUUUUUUCAAAAAAUUUUAGAGAAAAGGACCCUAUUUUGUAUGGAUUUCAGGUUCGACUGCCGCCUAUAUCUCUUGGAUCUCAGCGAAAAGACGAUUGGAAAGCCGGGCAAGUCGGAGGAGACUGACAAUCACGACGAACUCGAAGAGGAAAUGUGCGAACAAGAGCGCUACAAAGACCUGGAAGCAAGAAUCAAGCAGGACGAACGAGAGGAACGCGAGGAAAAACGGAAACGCGCCGAAAUCGCGUUCAAUUAUGAUGAGGAGAAGAUUAAAAGUGAUGACGAACUGGAAGAAAGCGAUGAAGAAGAGGCCAAUGAGGCUUAUCAACCACCACAAGGGAUAAAACUCCCAACAGGACUGGAAUUGGUGGGAUUUUUUGCGAAUUGGCGAUGAUUUUUGUAUUAUUAGGGUGAACCAAAAAUUUUUUCCGAUUUUUUUUUUUUUUUUUUUUUUUUUUUAAAUAAUUUUGCAAAAAAUGUAAACCAGUUAACAGGGGAAGUACUCCAAGUGCGACGCUCAGAUUUUCAUAAAACUUGGCACAAAUUUAGAAUAAUUUUCUCUAAGAUAUAUGCGAGAAUCCUAGCUCGCGCUUUGCAGAAACAACCGAGAUUUUUAGAUCGAAGGUCGACCUAAAUUUUGGACUUUUUGCGGAAUUUCGGCACGAAAAGUUUCAUGCCUAUUUCUACCGUAAAGGAUAAUGUUUCUCCAAAAAAUCAAAUUUUUCCGCACGAAACUGCCAAAGUUAUGGCCAAAAAACUUUUUUUUCUCUGACCGCUCUCGUUUAGCGUGCUCUCUUGGCGGCAAAAGUCGUUCAAUAUCUCGGUGGCGUUUGCAAAGCGCGAGCUAAAACUUUCAGGAAUUGAUAUUUAGUUCAUGCCCGACGUGUGUGCAAAAUUUAAAGAAAAUCUGAGCGUCGAACUUGGAGCACUUCCCCUGUAAGUUUCAAAGUGGAAAGGCCAUUUGAAUCUAUAGCUUGAACCCAUCUAUCGGCAGCUUGUUCUGACCGAUUGGGAAAACUGGAAAGUAUUAUUUUUCUUUGAUGUAGGAGUCGAAAUUAGGAUAAUCGAUGGUGAUGAUUUCAAAAAUGACAUUCAUUUUUUUGAUCGUUACUAUUUUGCCGAAGUAGUACUGUAAAGUUAGUAAUUUUUUAGAUUUUUUCACAAAAAAAAGGUCAGAAAUGUCUAGAGUAAUAUAAAAAUUGCCCGUAGACUAUUUCACCUUGAGCCAUGAAGAAAAAGAGAGAAAAUAAUCGGAAUUUUUAAUAUCCAGCCAGUAAAAAGGUUACUUUUACAUUAUAGCAAGUCAAAUUGGACGAUUGGGAAAAAAGACAAUUGGGGAAACUGAAAACUAUUAUUUUUCUUCGAUGCAAGUGUCGAAAUUUGGAUAAUCGAUGGUGAUGAUUUCGAAAAUGACAUUCAAUUUUUUUUGAUUGUUACUAUUUGCCUUUUUAGGUAGUACUGUAAAGUAGUAAUUUUUUGAAUUUUUUCACAAAUAUUUGGUUUAGCGGUUUUCGAUAGUGCUGAUUUCAAAAAACGAACAAGUUUUUCGGAAUCAGCACUAUCGAAAAUCCCUAAAUCGAGUAUUUGUGAAAAAAAAAUCAAAAAAAAUACUAACUUUACAGUACUGCUUUAGCAAAAUAGUAACGAUCAAAAAAAUGAAAAUCAGUGUCAUUUUUGAAAUCAGCACCAUCGAUUAUCCUAAUUUCGACACUUUCAUCGAAGAAAAAUAAUAGUUUUCAGUUUCCCCAAUUGUCUUUUUCCCAAUCGUCCAAUUUGACUUACUGUAAUAUAAAAGUAACCUUUUUACUGGCUGGAUAUUAAAAAUUCCGGUUAUUUCUUUCUCUCUUUUUCUUGAGGGCUCAAAGUGAAGUGGUCCACGGACAAUUUUUAUAUUACUCUAGGCAAUUCUGACCUUUUUUGUAAAAAAAUUCAAAAAAAUUACUGACUUUACAGUACUAUUUAAGGAAGAUAGUAACGAUCAAAAAAUGAAUGUCAUUUCCGAAAUCAGCACCAUCGAUUGUCCUGAUUUCGACACUUACAUAGAAGUAAAAUAAUACUUUUCAGUUUCCCCUAUAUUACUCUAGGCAAUUCUGACCUUCUUUUAGCCCGAGACCCAGCGCCACGGCCAUUUGAUCGAGAGAACCGCCAAAUUCGUCGUUCUAAACGGCCCACAAAUGGAGGUCAUCAUCAAGGCGAAGCACGCGCGCGACCGAACCCAGAACUUUGACUUUCUGAACUUUGACAACCGCCUCUUCUCCUUCUACAAGUUUAUGUGCAAAUUGAUCCGGGAAAAGAAAUACCUCCCGGCGCCGCCGAAACGACACCCAAAACCAGGCGAAGCCUUCGUCCCACAGAAGCCGGAGAACUUUGUGAAGGACGAGGAGGUGUCCGACUCGGACAGCGACGGCGAUUAUCUUCACCCUCUACUUUCUGGAGCACCUCUCAAAAAAGAACCCACAGAACCGAUAAAACUACCGCCGUUGCCGAAAAGCAUGAGUGAAAUGGCAAAAGUAAGCGUCUGUGGGGAUUUUGAAGGGAGUUGAGGCGAUUGUAUAGGAGAAAUUUAAGAGUUUUUGACUAUUUUAUAUUAGUUUAUAUUACUUUAGCUCAAAAUUUUUGAUUUCUUGGUAUAAAGUAAUGUUGUUGAGCUUCCAGUCGAACCCAUACUCAUCCCUCUACGCGAUACACUCCAUUCAACCUCAAGAACCCCCGGAACCACCCGUAGAACCAACCCCGUCGACAUCGGAAGGCCUAGUAUCAUAUGAAGAAUCUCCGACGAAGCCUCAAUGUUAUGAGACCGAUCCCACCGAGAUUCACAAUUAUAACACAUGGCAUCAGAACUUUUAUCAGCGACCUACCCCUUUUUAUCCUGGACCACCGUUGGUCCCAAUACAGCCCGAGAAAGAAGUGGUGGAGCAGAUUAAUUUGGCAGCCAGAUAUGUCGCUGUGAAUGGAGCAUACGCUGAGAGGAGGUUAUUGGGUAAGUAAUAAAGAGUGUGAAGAUUAAUUUUUAACUUGGAUUGGACAGUAAUUUUGAUUUUCAACCCGAAAAAUGACAGGUUUUGACAUCAGAUGUCUAGUGUAAUAUAAUUUUUUGGAAAAUUGUACUGUUUUGAUGGUCUAACGGGAUUCUUUUGCAGAUAACCGCACUCCACUCAGCUUCCUCUACCCCGACAACCCGAAUAUCAUAUUCUACCACACGAAAAUACGGUAUUUUCAGUGCAAAUUGAACCCCUAUUCGGCCGCCUUCACCAAGAGCAAAUAUUUUUAUAUGAUGGAAGGCAAUGAAGCAGAGAAUAACCAUCAGAAUGGACUGACAAAUUCAGCGAGAAUUGGAGGACAGCACUAUGAUCAGCCAUCGACAUCAGUGGGAUAUAAAAUUUUGGGAAAUUCAAAUGAUUUGGGCGGAAGUGGACUGAAUCAGAAGCUUGAGAGCACGGUAAUAACUGUGCCUUCUGCUCCGGAACCUCCCAAGCCUCAGCAAUUCCCCGGAUUCGAAGCCGUUCCUGAUGAAGCCGAUGAAAAAGUGAAGCAAUUGCGGAAAGAGAGGGCCCGGCAAUUUAUGGCUGAUCUGUUGAAGAGAAAACGCAAUAAAAAUGAGGAAAAUCGACCGGUCGAGAAGCCAGAAGACGUCAAGGAAUCUGUGAGAGAGGCUUUCGGAGAGGAGGAGCAGAUCACGGAGUAUCGGGAGAGAAGCGACGACGAAAAAAAGACGGAGGAAAGUAUUCCACCUCCCGAGAAGGUGCUGCCCGGAUUAAUCUUGAAUUUGGUGCAGAAACAGGUGAACAAGCUGGUGGAGAAGGAGGAAAAUGGAGAGAAGGAGAAGAGAGCAGAUGAUCGAGCUGAAAGUAGAGGGUCUAGGGACAGUGUGGAAAGUGAUAGAAGCCGAGGAAGUUCGAGAAGAAGGAGUAGAUCAAGGUCAAGAAGAAGAAGGUCUAGAAGCCCGGAGAGACGAAGAAGAUCCAGAAGCUCUUCAAGAUCGAGAAGGGAGCGAAGUUCAAGCAGAAGUCCGAAAAGACGAAGGAGAAGGUCGAGAAGUCGGAGUUCAAGCUACAGAAGAAGAUCACCAAGUCCAAGGUGGGUAGAAUAAGAUUUUUUUGGAUUUUUUUGCUUUGAGAAAGGUAAAAUACGAAUUGAAUUUGAUUUAUUUUUAUUUAUUUUACUUCCAGACAUCGCUCCCAUCGACGCCGCUACAGGUCCAGGUCCAGAAGUUGAAAAAUAUUAUACUUGA